AUGGCUCGGCUCAUCGACAGCCUCCCGGAGCCUUCCAAAAUCCUGGAAAAGGACGUCAUUGUGAUGAGCAGCAGCCGCAUGGGGACAUUCUCAUUGUAUCAGGCUAUGCAGAUGCUUGGGUACAAGCCUUACCGCAUGUACGAGGUGGUGCAUCAGGGUAUAACACACAUGCAGCUUCUCAAGGAGGCUUUCGACUGCAAGUAUUCCGGCGCAGGUAAACCUUACGGGAAAGCCGAGUUCGACAAGUGGAUGGCGAACUACAACGUGAUCAUUGAAAUCCCACAAUGGUUCCCAGAAGAAUUCCUCAGCUUCUACCCGGACGCCAAGUUCAUCCUGACUGAGCGCGAAAACGAUGCUUGGGUGAGGUCACUCAAUAACGCCGCGAUUCCGCUGUUCACCAUGACAAAGAAAUUCCCCUUGACGUGGAUACGACUGAUUGACACCUUCAUCGAAAACUUUGCCGAGUUGAACGCUUCCAUGGAGAACGCGUGCUAUCUAGGGUACGGCUGUGAAAGCGAGAUGGGCAUGGAGAAAGCUAUUGAGCGCAGGCUAGAGGUGAGCGCCAUGACGAAGAGUCGUAUUCCCAAACAACAACUCCUUGUCUGCCGCCUCGAGGACGGCUUCGGGUGGGAGCAAAUCUGCCCCUUCCUUGGCAAGGAGAUCCCAAAGCAACGAUACCCCAGAGGAAAUGCUCCCAAGGAGUUCGAGGCCACGCUGAAGGGACUCCUUGCACCAGCCCUGCGCAAAUCAGCAGCCAUCGUAGUGACUGUGGUAUUGAUGCCCUUGAUCGCAGCGGGGUGGUGGUGGUACUGGAAACAAUGA